AUGGUGCGCUACAUCCCCACGCAGGUCCCUGCGGCCAUGUCCCGCCUGAUCGCGAGUACCCUAGUCCAGAAGCCUCCGACAUGGUACGGUCCCGUCAUCAACAACCCCCCUCCUGCAAUUCCUCUCCGCCGCGCAACGAGGCGUAACAGGCCACACGAAGGGCGUGGGUACGACGACCUUGCCAACCGUGCGGAAUUCGACCCCCGCCGCGAAGGACACGCUACCCGCUCUCGCGCGCGGCACACGCGCGAGCCGAAGCAGCGACCCCGCGAUAUCGUGUACGCUGCGGACCACGUGCGGCGCCAGUUCUUUGCCGAUUUCCCGUUCGAGGCACUGCGUCCCCACUCGCUCGUUGAGGCUGAGACCGUGCGCCUCUCAACUGCGAUUGAAGGGGCUCGCUGGACCGCGCUGUCGCAGCGGGGCGCCUACCCCACCGUCGAGGACACUGUCGAGUUCACCCUCAACCUCCAUGGAGGGAAGGGGAUGAGCCUGAGUGACGCGUACAAGCAGGCCACGGAUGAGUUUAUUGCUCUCCGCGCGGCUCAUGAGAUGGCUACGCUCGCGGCGCAGGGCGAGGCGGUGGCAUAUGGUGCCGAGUUCAAGCGCUCAGAACACCAAAGGACGUUUGACAAGGAAGCCCGUAUUCUGGACGAGACGGCCGCCUCCCGCGCCGGUACUGCCACGCAAACCGGCCACCUCCCGACCCUCAAGAACCGCAAGCCCAAGAUCUGGACUGCCGACGUCGCGCCCGGCACAACCCCCACUGGCGCAUUCUCUGGCGGAUCGGCGUAUGCUGCGCGCUGGCGCCUGCCCCCGCCUGUACGUGCCGGCGUGGAGGCCGGCGACCUCGUGUCGGCCAUCAAGCCGAUGCCGUCUCUCGCCUUACCGACUACGGCUGCGGUCGAGGCGGACGUUACGCCCAAGAAGGAUGAGGAGGAGAUGGACGACCUCGAACUCAUGGCUGCCAUCCUUGGCAAGAACUAG